AUGUCAUCAUCCAGUACUACUGAUUCUGGAAAAAUGAAAACAGAUCAGAAGAACACAUCAUCCACCAUCAAAGUAAUCGGUGCUGGCUUUGGUCGUACCGGCACUACCUCUCUGAAAGUGGCCUUGAAUAUGCUCGGCUUCAAAUGUUAUCACAUGCAGGAAACUGGCAAACAUCCAACGCAUAACGAACUUUGGAUUGAUGCAUAUGAGGGAAAACUCACAGAUUAUGAUCUGAUCUUCAAAGAUGGAAAAAAAUUGAAGAACGAUCCGUACAUUGCGACUUGUGAUUGGCCAUCGACCGCUAUCUGGGAGCAACUUAUAGAAAAAUAUCCAGAUGCAAAAGUGAUUCUAACUGUGAGAGAUGCUGAGGGUUGGUACAAAAGCAUGCGAAACACUGUUUAUCGUGUCCCAACUGAAUUCUCCAAUAGUUAUUUUCUUCCGGGAGCAUUCCGUAGAAUGAUUAAUAUGCACACGAAGUUAGUUUGGGCUGGUACAUUUCAAAAUCGUUUUGAAGACAAAGACUAUGCAAUUAAUGUAUACAAUCAACACAAUGAACGAGUCAAGAAACUGGUACCAAAAGAAAAAUUAUUCGUAUUAGAUGUUACAAAGGGUGAAGGAAGAUGGAAAGAGUUGUGUGAGUUUCUCGAGGUAGAGGAACCUUCAGAGAACAUACCUUUUCCUCGUGUAAAUGAUACAAAGGAAAUGGAAGAAAAACUUAAGAAGCUUAAUAGAAUUCGAUGGACAAUGAUGCUCACUGGUCCUUCGGUUUUAGUUGCAGUCGUAGCUUGCUUGAUGUAUUUUUUUCUUCGUAAAUAA